AAUAUGUUGAACAACCAACGUAGCGUAGAAUUCAUCACCCCCCUCAUCUAACACCCAUCACCCGCAUAGAGAGCAGAACAGAUCGUGGCCAACGGAGUCAUGGAACCAAAAGUGCCGGAUUUGUACGAGUUUUUGGCAGAAGCCGAAUUGCAGCAGUACUACAACUCUCUAAAGAAUGAACUGAAGAUUACCAACGUAACGCACCUGAAGUACGCCACGGACGAGGACCUGCAGGUGAGUGGUCUGUCGCGGCCGGAAAUCAGGCGGUUGCGCAAGUACUACGAAAAGUAUUACCCGCACGGGUACCUGAACAAAAUCCGUCGGCUGCUGCAAACACCGCGCAAGGAUGAACCGAGUGCGCACAGUCCCACUUCAGCCUCGUGCGGCGGUGGCGGCGGAGGCGGUGGCGAGCCCAUUAAAGCGUGUCCGUCGCCGGGGAAAAUUCCCAACAACAAGCAUAUCAUCCCGCCGGAUGCGAUCUGCGUGAACAAGCAGCUCGGCACGGGCGAGUUUGGCAUCGUGCAGCAGGGCGUGUGGACGAACGGGUCCGAGCGGAUACAGGUGGCCAUCAAGUGUUUGUGCCGCGAGCGCAUGCAAUCAAACCCGAUGGAGUUUCUGAAGGAGGCGGCCAUCAUGCACUCGAUCGAGCACGAAAACAUCGUGCGCCUGUACGGCGUGGUGCUCGACACGGAAUCGCUCAUGCUCGUCACCGAGCUGGCCCACCUGCGGUCGCUGCUCGAGUGCCUGAAGGAUCCGGGGCUGCGCGUCAGCUUUCUGACCGUGCCGACGCUGUGCGAGUUUGCGUCCCAAAUCUGCAACGGCAUGAUGUACCUCGAGAACAAGCGGUUCAUCCACCGCGAUCUGGCCGCGCGCAAUAUCCUCGUGUUCAGUAAGAAUAAGGUGAAAAUAUCGGACUUUGGCCUGUCGCGGGCCCUCGGCGUCGGCAAGGACUACUACCAGACGAACUUUAACGUGAACCUGAAGCUGCCGAUCGCGUGGUGCGCUCCGGAGUGCAUCAACUUUCUGCGCUUCACGCACGCCUCGGACGUGUGGGCGUACGGGGUGUGUUUGUGGGAAAUUUUCUCCUACGGCUUCCAGCCCUGGGCCGCCCUCACCGGCCACCAGAUACUGGAGGCGAUCGAUGAGCCCCACUACCAGCGGCUCGAGAAGCCGGAGUGCUGCCCGAAAGAGUACUACGGGCUGAUGCUCAAGUGUUGGCAGCACGACGCCACGAAGCGGCCCCGGUUCAACGAGAUCUUCCAGCUGCUGCCCGACAUGAAGCCGGAACAGCUCAAGACAAUCGUCGCCCACGGCGAGUCAAAGAAGGACUACCUAAUGUACCGGCAGGGCGAGAUCAUCACGGUGCUGGAGAAGGGCUCGCACUCGCCGUACUGGAAGGGCGUGCUGAACUCGGGCAAAACGGGCCUCUUCAAUCCGGCGUUCACCGUGGCGUACCUGGACAGUCUGCCGUCGUCCGUCAACCGGGACACGUUCGGGCGGACGGUGGAACGGUCCAGCAAGCGCAAAAUACGCACCGACAUGAUCUCGGGCCCCCAGAACGAUCUGAAGCACACGGGCCACGUCGGUAUCGAUGGCGUGUCGUUCGGUGACGUUGCCUUCCUCGCUAGCCCACAGAACCUUCCUCGCCAAAUCGUCACACCGUACAAGCCUUCGGAAGAUCUGGAACAGACGCCGCUGCUACUGCCGCCAACACCAACCAGUCCCGACUCGAUACACACUGCGAGCGGAUACUUUUCCGAAUCACUGCAACUCACCGGCCACCAGUCGUUUAUCAAUGCCGGCGAAAAUCAUCACUCGACCCUACUGGACCACCACCACACCGCCGGAACCGGCAACUCGGUGGCCGCCAGCGCGUUCGAUUUCCGCAACAGUGGCUUCAAGGACUCGAACCCGUUCAUCAACGCAGACUCGGAGCACGGCGAUGUGGCCGGAUCCUACAAUAUGGCUAUGGUCAAGGACGGUCUGGCAACCGGUCAGCACGAGUAUCACGAAAUUUCCGACGACGAGCUGACGACGGAGAAAGUGUUUGAUCCGUCGGGACCGUCGCUGAUGGACGAGAUGGAGCACGUGUUCAAGUCGAUGAGCACCAUCUCGGAGCAGGACGGAGCGGGGCCGCUCGGGUCGCCCGACGCGGAAAACACCAACAUGCGCAACGAGCUUACGGAACUGUCGUCCAAGUUGUGCCGCAAAAACAGUUCAUCCACCACGACUAGCUCCGGGACGCUCGGUAAAAGUGGAAGUAAAUCCAAGUCGAAGAAAACCCGCACCGGGGAAGAUCUCGUGAAACCGAUCUCGGGGAAGGACGAAAAACUGCUCAAGCAAGUGAUCGAAAUGACGAAUGAAAUAAGUGCCAAAUCCAUGACCAAUCUGGUAACCGAUUCGAACCAGCAAACGUCGAGUCCGAAGCGAAAGUUUAGCUUCCGCUUUCCACAUAUCCACACUGUGGUUGGUGGCGGCGGGGAUGCUUUACGCGGUGGCCCUUCCAAUGGCAUCAUUGGAGCGCACUCGACUCACCACUCCUCCGGAUUGACCGGGGUACAUGCCAGCGGCGGGUCCGGCGGCGGUGGUGGCAGCGGCGGCAGCAGCUCGGUGGUCCGUGGGCUGGCCCACACGGACAAAGAUCACCCGACGGCCCCGUCCGCAUCGUCGUCUUCCGCUAUCGGACCACCCCAUGGUUACGGUGGUGGUAGCCAUACCGCCACCCUGGGCAAUGCGUAUCGCGAAAAGCGCAACUUCUCACAGGAAGUGAACAACGUACCCGACUUACAGCGCUAUCGUUCGCUCACGGGUAUCGACGGGGGGUCGCACCACCACUAUCAGCAGCACCACCAGCACAAGAACAGCGACAUCCGGAUUCCACUGUUCGACAAGGAAACAUCUGAUUUUUGCUUUAAAAAGUCGCGCGAAUUGCUCAGCAAACAUCCACCGUUCGGUAGCAGCAAGCUGCUGGUGGUGGAAGACGGUGACGUGAUACCGUCCGCGGCCAUCAACGCAACCAUGACGCUCGGUCAUGGUGGCGGUCAUCAUCGAACGUUCGACAAGAAGACGCGCGAUCUGAUCGGCGAGAAUCUUCUCGACAUCGAGAAAACAUUGAACGCCCUGAAUCUGGACUUUCUGCAGACGUACCACGAGCUGGAGAAGGCCGAUUCGGCCGAAACGCUGCUCGCCGAGUGCUACUCGUCCAUGCUGUGCUCGACCUCGUCCCCGGGCGGUCGUCCCUCCUCGAGCGGCGGGAGCCGCACCGACGCGGGUGGUGGUGGUGGUUCGCUCAUACGCCACGCGUCCCUUGAAUCGAGCUCGCGCAUCAACUGUGCGCUCAGCGAGAAAAGCGCCACCGGAAGCACUGCCGGAGCGAUCGGCGGCGGUGGCGGCAAAAGCCCGCCAAAGUUGAUCGGGCUCGGUGGUGGCGCUGGCCGGCGCUCCGAGCUGAACGGGCUACCGUCCCCGAAAUCGUUACAAUCGCAGGUCGAUCACAACAACAAGUACGGUAUACGGGAUUUCAAGUUCCGCUCGUUCGAUGCCCGCUCGAAGGAUGCGUGCUCCGAUUAUUACAACUUCAAGAACGAGUACCUGUCGGAGCUGACGCGAAAACAGCAAAGUCAGGUGCUGGGCCAGUCCGCGUCCGUGCUGCAGCGAAAGCUGGCCGAAACGGACAGCAGCCAGCAGCAGUCGCAGCAGGAACAGCAACAGCAAACAAUCAACCAGCUGUAUCAGAUCUACAACACGCCGAUGCAGGGUCGUAAGUUUGAGGACAGCCCGUUGGCCACCACGCCCCCGGCGUCGGUGCGCCAGCGUUCGCUGUCGUUCACGGAGAACUACGAACUGAAGUCGGAGGUCGUCAACCGACCAUCGGCCACCAUAGACGCCCAUAAGCCGAAGGGGGCCGGGGCACCGGUCCCCGCAACGAGGCACGUCAUUACGUACAAACCGAAAAGUAUUCGGGCGCGCAACUUGCGGCGCCUCAGCUACAAUCCGAUCAACAUGGUCGAUAGUUCAUCGUCCAGCAGCGAGUGCGGUGAAUUCGAUCGCCACCUGGCACACUCGGAGUGUGACAUACGGUCGCGGCUGCACACCACCCGCCGGAGGCGCCAGUAUAUGAGCCGCAAGUCGAACAGCAACAGUGCGAGCAGCCAGGACAAGUUGUACGGUUCCAACGCCAGCAUCAAGAGUGCGCCCCAGUACAACUAUCACAGCGAUCGUCGCCAGUACUUUAACCACUAUCCUCCGGCCGGCCUAUCGGCGGCCUAUCACUACACCGACGACUACACCGAUGCUGUCGGAGACAAUGAAGAAGAUCAGCCGCCGACGCCGCAAACCUAUGACUUUGGUUUGCGCUACCACACGUCGGCGCUGGGCAAAACGGAUAGCCGGCAAGUGGUAAUACCCGCCCCGCAAACGGCGGCAGGCCCAACGGCCCAACCACUGGCCACGGGCACUGCACCGCUCACCGAUUCGACGACCUUCGCCAACAAGGUGCUCGAACGAGACUAUCUGUUCUCGGAAUUUGACGUGUCGAAGCUGACGGGCAAAAGCCCCACCACGCAAAGCUACUUCCCGGCCACGGCGGCGGCGUCGGCGACGGCGGCAACUGUUGGUCCGGUCACUCAACAACCAUCAACACCGCAAGCUGUCACUCUGUCCGCCUCAGCGACACCGUCGGCGGCAGCAGCGGCAGUGGCUCAGCCCAAACCGGGAUUCCAGUGGCCUGAGAAGAUACACGGUGCGAUCGUCAAGCACAACGACAUGCUUUGGAGGCAGCAAAGCGUCGUCCAGCAGCAGCAAAAAGAGCGCCAGUACUCGAGCGACACUUCCUCCACGGAGACGGAUUCGAUUGAUUUCCGCCGCACCGAUUGCCUUCCUCUGAUGCCUCCCAGCCCCGCGCCAUAG